CUAUUGAACAUUCGAGCAUCGUAGUAUAUUUAGCCAACGUAAAAAAAAACACAAAAUUCUCUCAGCAGUUAAAUUUACAACAAAAUUAUAUAAUGUGUAAUGAUGGAUCGUGUACACUUCGUUGUAAAGCCUUAUUUUUGGCGGGUUGGUCGCUAGGCCAUGGACUUCUGAAUCUGAUCUUUUACCUUCAUCAAUAUCAAACUUCCCUUGGUUUAUGGUUUAUGGGCUCUAAUUAUUUUAUAGCCAUCGCAGUAUUUAGUGCCCUCUCCGUAGUAGGUGGUAUAUUAAUGUUGGUCGCAAUCUUCAAGAAUAUUAAAUGGCUACAUCUAUUGGGACUAGUGUUAAGCUGGGGUCUUCCUGUCGUUAUCGCCUAUUUCAUUUAUCCACUUGUCAUACACAUUGUUUUUACUAUAUGUGCUUGUCGGUACUAUAAUGAAAUGAGAUGAAAAAAAAAAAAUGAAAAAUGUCUAAUCAACUGUCCAUGUUCUGACGAAAAGCGAAAUUGUAAAGUGAAUUGCACAAUGAUAACGAAAUUCAUCUAUUGUAUUUAUUCUGGGGGCCUGGACCGUCUUGAAAUUGGCUAAUGGGAAUACCAACAACAACAAAAAUAGAAAUCUCUUGCCGGCAGCUCACACCUUAUAAAUAGUUGCAGCAUAAUCAAUUUAUGGAUCGACU